UAUCGGCGGAGGCUCGAGUCAUUGUACCAGGCAACAGUAGUAUCGGCCGCCAAGACGGAAACAAAGAAGUGACGUCGAAAAGGUUCUCAAUACAGCUGGCUCGAGAGAUCAACUUUUUUCAGUUUCCAAGUAUAAGAAGACAAGUCAUGCCUCUUUUAUCGAGUGCAAGUAGAUUAGCAAGUCAAUAUGGCAGCCCCGCCACCAGGUUAAGCUCUACAUCGCAAAACAAGAUGCCGCCAAGCAAAUUAGGGAAAUCGGCUCGUCCGUCGCCAUACCUUAACUUGAGCAGAUCACCACGGAAACCUGGGCAGGAAAUUAAAACAAAAGAAAUCAUUCAUUCUAAACCGCCGAGAAACAGCUCAGAAGUUACCAAAUUUAGUAAAAGCACAAAAGGUGCGACGAUCGAAAACAAAUGGAGACAUCGCUUAGCAACAACGCCGCCUCCUAAAUCAAGCACCGUCAUCGCAACUCCUCCUCGUCCUAGAUCUGGAUCAAUGACUUGUUCAUCUCCUGUCAUCGCAAAUUAUAGAGUUGCUCAUGGUUCCCCACGUUUUAUUAGCCCAGUAGCACCACCAAGGAAACAAGCAAUUCGACAAACUGAGAAACAACAAUUGGCAGUUACGCCUCCACCGAAAGACACGCGGGUUUCCAAAGCAAAGUCCAGAUUGAUGUUGACACCAAGACGCACGGAAAUGGAAUUGGUUAAAGUGAAAAGGAAGGUAACAGCACUCCGGGAGGAAAACGAAUCACUUCGAAAGAAACUCUGUGAUUUGAAAUCUGCUGCAAUAGGUACUCGUAUAGGCAAAUCAAAGAAACAACGCCUGACGUAUGAAAACUCGUCCUCAAUAAGAAGAGAAUCCACUGAUUGUCUUGUAUCCAGCUUGAGAUUAAAACUGCGUGAAAAUGAGAAGAACAACCAACAAAAGUUAGAUGAGCAAAGAAACAACUUAACAAUGCAGUUAAAACAAGCAAGUGAGUUGGUUCGAAUUUGUCUCGGUAAAGUAAAGGAAGCGGAAGAGGCUGCACGAAAAGUACCAGCACUUGAAAUGGAGUUAAUUGUCUUACGACGACAAUUGACUGUUGAAAGACCCCAGCGAAGAUACAGCAGUUCAUUAAGUUCAGCAGCUUCAUGUGACACCGGCUUUAAAAGUGGGAGUGAUUGCGACCUUGACCAAUCACAGCAUUGUAAAUAUCGUUCAGAAUUAUCCAGCACUUCCUCGCAUUCCGACCUGGACGAAGCUGUCACCAAAGAAAUAUUUGCUGACUCUCCGGUAUCCACUUCUAUCAAAGCAGCGACGACUCGUUUGCUCUCAUCAGACGAACCGAUGGGUCGACCUUCAUAUUAUGUAGAUCCACCAGUUUUCCCUCGGUUGGAAAAGUUGAAAACAGAAUCCCCAGAAAAACAACUUAAUGAUGAGACACAUAUACAGCAAAGAGUGUUUGAAAAUCUUCUUGAAGAACACACAAAAGCCUUAGAAAUUAUCGGGAAUCUGGAAAACAAGUUUGGCAAACAACGAAAAGAAUUGAAGAUACUGAAAGCAAAUUUGGACACAUUGACUUCGCAACAAACAUCGAAUACUAAACCUACCUCAUCCAACCAAAAAAUUGAAUCGUCGGUGUUUCAAACUCUACGCGCAAUGCAAGAUAAGAAUGUGCCAAGCAUCGAUAUCGGAGACAUCAUUUAUCAAGCUCUAGGAGUGACGAAUGAAGAAACUGAAACAACUGCUGCUGAAGAUCAAACCAACUUUGUUUCCAAUCUCCACGAUGUCAUCAGACAGAAAAACAUUUUCAAUCGAUGAUUUCAAAUUUGUUGUUUGCAUACCAAUUUGUAAUAUUGAAAUAUGAAUUGUAUUUAAAUUUCUGUUUAUUAUGUUACUGCCAUCGAAAAAUAAACGUUUCAUCAAUCGUAACAUUUGAAAAUAUACACAGUAAAGUAUGGAAACAGUAUAGGAAAA